CACACAUUACGGGAACGGUAGAGGACUUCUACUGGUACAACCUAGACAAAGAAAGUAAAUAACCAUCAUUAGCUCUUUCUUGACCAGUUAUAUGCAUUUAUGUGAUUAUUAGUGUGGCUACGUUGAAACUUUACCUCUUUAUCAUGCGCCCUUGGAGUGUUACGGUGGCAACUGUGCUAGUUGUCGGACUCCUGGUGGCAGAAGGAGGAACAAGUGAGGCGGGACAUGCGCACACAGAAAUAGGAACAAGUGAAGCAAGAGGUGCGCACGCAGAAGCAGUAACAAGUGAGGAGGGAGAUGCGCACACGGUAGUAGGAACAGGUGAGGAGAAAGAUGCUCACGAGAAAGAAGAAACAGGAGAGGCAAGAGCUGCGCAGCAAACUCGCCGUGUUCUUUUCCUCGCUCCUUUGUCUACCAGGAGCCACAAGAACUUCUUCAUGGGAAUCGUCAAUGCUGUGGCUGACAGUGGCAACCAUGUAACCCUGGUAACAAGCUACAAGGCACCGAAGCCACGAAAAAAUGUACGGGAAGUCGUGGUAUCACUGGACAUCCAUCACUUGGUGCCCAACAUGUUUACCAAAAAGAAGACUGCAGCGCUGGCGACGUUCAUGGUAUCUGCACCUGGCCUCUGCUCCGAAGCCCUUGCCAAGGAGGAAGUGCAAGAGCUGCUGGAGGAGGAGUUCGAUGUCGUCUUGGUGAGCGCCGCGUUCUCGCACUGCUUCCUGUCGGUCGUGCAUCGGCUCAAGAUUCCAUUCAUCUGGGUCUCACCUGCUGUGCAAUUAGGCCUGACUGACCAGUGGAUCGGGAACCCCUCCUUCCCUUCCUUCGCUGGGUUCGGGUUCAUGGAGGCCAAGCACCCGCUCACUUUCGGCCAACGAGCCUUUGCCACUUUCGGGAACAUUCUCUUCAGUCAGCUGGUCACCUUAUACACCGUGCCUAAGACGGAAGAAACCUGCCGACGCCGAGGUUUGUGCCCAGAGGAUAUGCCAAGCUUGAGUGAUAUGCAGUAUAAUGCAAGUCUCUUGAUGGCCAACGGAGUUAGAACACUGGAUAAUCCCGCACGUCCCUUUAUGCCAAAUGUCAUUUCUGUUGGAGGUAUCAACUGUCUUCCCUCUCAGCCUCUCCCGCAAGACCUUGAGGACUGGGUUCAAGGAGCUGGUGAUGAUGGCUUCAUCUUCUUUAGUCUGGGCACUGCUGUUGUACCGUCUGACAUGCCUGAGGAGUCCCGGCAGAUUCUAGUAAAGGUAUUUGGGUCCCUGAAGCAGCGUGUGUUGUGGAAAUGGGACCAGGAUGACAUGCCCGACCUGCCUCCCAAUGUCAGGCUCGGGAAGUGGCUGCCGCAGCAAGACAUUCUGGGACACCCAUCUCUGAAGCUGUUCAUAACCCACGGCGGCCUCCUGAGCACCCUCGAGUCCUCCUACCACGGGAUUCCGGUGCUGGGCCUCCCCGUGAUGGGCGACCAGCAGACCAACAUGAUCGCGGUGGCCAGUGAGGGCUGGGGUCGGUUCCUCUUCUGGGACCAGCUGACGGAGGAGGCGCUGCUGAGGGAGAUCCUGAUGGUCAUGACGGAUCAGAGUCUGAAAGUCGAGGCCAAACGGCGGUCGCGGGUGAUGAAGGACCAGCCUCAGACACCGGCUGAGGUGGCAGCCUGCUGGGUGAACUACGUCAUCACUCACAAGGGGGCGCCGCACCUUCGCUCGCCUCUCACUUACAUGUCGUGGUACCAAGUAUAUAACGCAGACGUGUGGCUGACAGUUACAACGGCGAUGUUCGUGGUCUUGUACCUCCUCUUCAGCUGCUUCUUCGCUAUAUUUUCAAGACUCUGUUCUUCCAAAGGCAAACGAAAGUUGGAUUAGAAGAAGCGGGAUUUAAAUCGUGUGAAGAAGUGGCCAGACUUUUUCAUCCAACUGUUCACUUUGUAUAAUUAGUCAGAUGUAGUUGUAAUAAAAUCUGCUUCACAUGUGCUGGUUCGAAUAUUCGGGGAAAAUAGCCUUUGUCUUUGUAAGCAUUGUUAAGUCGUUAUAUUUUUAGAUAUUGAUAUGUAACUUACUGGUAUUCCAAUAUUUUUUUCUGGUAAAAAACUAUAUUUGCUUACUUAAGACACACACAUAUUCGCGCGUGCUUAUGUGUGUUCAAGAAAGCGAGAGAGAGA